CGGGGAAGGUGGCGGGAACGGAAAUGGUUGUGCUCACGGCGAGGAAGGUUGGGGAGGAGGAAGAGGGCAGCGUGCCCGAAGAGGGAGGGGCGGGGGGUGCAGGGGGCGGGGCGGGCGGCACCAGGAAGGGUAAGAGGAAGCGUUCAGGGAGGCAAGGCGCCCUCCGUGGCGAGCAAGAAGAGGAGGGGCGGGCGGCAGAGGCGGGGGGCGGUUCUGACGGCAUCAGGAGGAGCAAGAGGACGACCGCAGUGAGUGUGAGGCAUAUCGCCCUCCUUGGCGGGAACUUGAAGGGCGGGGGCGGGGGGGCUAGAGCGAGCAGCGAGGAAGAGUCGUCGGAGGAGUCCGAAGAGGAAGAAAGUUCCGAGAAUGAGGAGGACGACGAGGACGACAAGGACGACGAGGGGGAGGGGGAGAGGGAGGGGGAGGAAGAGGAGGGCGGGGGGGAGGGGGGGGAGGAAGGUCCGGCUCUGGCGAAAGAGACGGUUUGUGUCGAGAAGGUGGUUCUCCGGCACAAACUGCACACCGGUUCGGCCUCUUGUUUUUGCUCUGCCUGUCGCGUGCAUGAGUACGAGCGGUGCUAUACCAGGAGCAAGUACCCGGCCUGCGGCACGAAGCUCGAAGAGCAGGUAGUAGAGGAGACAGUCAUCAUGGUCACUGGUGUAGAUCCUGUGGUUGGGGUGGAUCCUGUGGUCGGGAGCAAAAAGAUGGCGAAGAAAAUUGUUUUCCGGAAGGGGGCGACCACCUGUCAGAUGGACAGGGUUACCGGUACACAGUUUGGGGUCUCAUUCUGCGGUAGCAGCAAGUAGAUAUUAUUGAGGGGCUGGGUGAUGGUGCGUUCAAAUCUUGGUUUGCAUUUUUGCUGUAUUUUUGUGAAGAUAAGCGCGUGGUUUGGUGGAGAUUGUGCGUGUUGCGACUUGUUAACUUGCAGUUUUUCUGUUGUGCUUCAAUCGGCGGCGGGGAGAAAAGUGUAACGUACAACACCCAUCAUAACUUUGUUCAGAAUGCGAAAAAAACAAUUACAACGACGGAUUCGUGAUCCCCGC